AUGAAUAACACAACCGGCUUUGCGCUGGUCGGAGCCGGCAGCCGGGAGGAGUUACCGGCGCACCGAGCUUUAACGGGCUGCGUCCUGGCGCUGCUUAUCAUUUGGACGCUUUUUGGCAACUUCACGGUGUGCGCAGCAGUUUAUCGCUUCCGGCACCUGCGCGCCAAAGUAACCAACAUCUUCAUCGUGUCCCUGGCUCUGUCGGACCUCCUGGUCGCCGUUCUGGUGAUGCCGUGGAAAGCUGUGGUCGAGGUGGCUGGUUACUGGCCGUUUGGAGGGUUCUGUAAGACCUGGCUGGCAUGCGACAUCAUGUGCUCCACGGCCUCCAUUCUCAAUCUGUGCCUCAUUAGUGUGGACCGAUACUGGGCCAUCUCCAGCCCUUUCCUCUAUGAGAGGAGUAUGAACAAGAAGGUGGCCUCUGUUAUGAUCGGUGUGACCUGGGCAGUCUCCCUGGUCAUCUCUUUCGUCCCCGUGCAGCUGAACUGGCACCGUGCGGAGAUGGGUGAUCCACAUGGGGAGGAUUUGACGCUUCUCGGCGUUGAUGGGAGCUGUGACUCCAGACUGAGCCGCACAUACGCCAUCUCCUCGUCCCUCAUCAGUUUCUACAUCCCCGUGGCAAUCAUGAUUGUCACAUACACUCGCAUCUACCGGAUAGCCCAGAUGCAGAUCCGGAUGAUAUCCUCUCUGGAGCGGGCGGCGGAGCACGCGCAGAGUUGCCGCUCGGACCGCUCCAAUCAGUCACACCGGGAGCUCAGAGUCUCCAUCAGAAAAGAGACGAAAGUCCUCAAAACUCUGAGCAUCAUCAUGGGUGUUUUUGUCUGCUGCUGGUUUCCAUUCUUUGUCCUGAACUGCGCUCUGCCCUUCUGUACCGGACCAGAGGACCAGCGGGGCCCGUACUGCGUCAGCGAAAAAACCUUUGAUGUCUUUGUGUGGAUCGGCUGGAGCAAUUCGUCCCUCAACCCGGUCAUCUAUGCGUUUAACGCGGACUUCAGAGACGCAUUCCUGCGCUUGUUGCGCUGCCGCGGACGAGGCUGCUGCGCAGCGGUGAGCGCAGCGGUGGAGACGGUGAUGGCGAGCAACGAGGCCGGAAACCUAAAGCAGGAGAGCCCACUGAAACUGGACGUCUCCUGUGCCACGAAUACCAGGGGAAGCGAGGACAGCGGGAACACAACGGUAACUGUGUUUUAUCACAGAGCGACUUCGUCGGAGCACGUCACGGACACUCAGGAAAGCAACGACAAAGACAGACUGACGCAGAUACCAAUAUAA